AUGCCCCACUUUUCCGGCGAGGUGCUUGGUGCAAAGGGUCAUUCGGAGCCGUCAGAGGUGGCUUUGAAGGAGGUGCUAUGCCGUAGCCAGAGCGAGCUGCGACAGGCCGUUUUCGAGGUGCAGGUGCUCCUUGCGUUGGAGCGCGCCGCGCCGCACCGACAGCUGAGGGUGCCGCGCUGCAUCGCCUACAAGGUUGGAUGGUGA